GACUGGGGAGGGGAAGGUCAUUACAGGCUUUCUGGAUGGACAAAGGACAGAGAGAUGGAACUCCUGAGGCUCCACUUCCCUGGGGUGCACCGUGCCCUGAGGGAGGCUCUGGACUCCCUAAGCACCUUUGCUUCCUACCUCUUAGGGGACACAGUUCCCUCUGCAGAGGGGAGGGGAGGGAACCUCAGCACGAGAGAUGGGGGCAGAGGGAAGGAGCUCGGGGAAAUGACUGCAGGAGGAAGCCAGCAAGAUGAGGCGCCUAAGGAAACACUGGAAAAGGGAGAAGUGAUCAGAGACCUGGAAGAUACUUUUUUCUCUAGAGGGUCAGAGACAAGAGGGGCUUGGGAUAAAGGGGAAGAAAAAAAAGCCAGGAGAAUACAGGAAUCAGAAGCGGAAGAAAUCUGGGAGAUAGGGAAAGAGGUUGGGGUAGACCUGGAUGAGGAGAUGACCAGGGUCUGUACAACUUGGGACAGCAGCAACAAGAAUUCCAAAGAAGCUAAAGGAGAAAUCAGAGGGCACCACAAAAUAGAAGUGGGAGAAGCUUGGUGUAUGAUGGGGACAGAGCCCAAGCAAGGACAAAAGACAGAUGCAGUAGAGGCUAGAGAAUGCAAAAAGGAAGGGAUCUUGGCUGAAGAAUACUUGGAAACAAAAGGGUUUGCCUCAGAAGAAAAGGAUAGCAGAGAGCCUAAAGCACAAGGCAGGAAAAAUCAGAACUCCAGCAAAAAGGAAGUCAAUGUAGGGAAGGCUGAGAAGUACUGGAAAGGGGAGGAAACUGAGCCUGUGGGAGAACAGAAGGAAGAAACGGAGGAGAUAAAGCCAGGAGAUCUUGAAGGAAGGGCUUUGAUAGCCUCCGGGGCAGAGUCUGAAAAUCGAAUAAUCUGGGAAAAGGAAAAGGAGGAGAGGAGAGCCCAGGAGUUGGAAGGAAAUGUCAGAGACUGGCAAGAGGCAAAAGAAGGUGAGAAAGCCCAAAGGAUGAAAAAAGGUCAUGGUCAGAAGAUAGGAAUGGAAACUGGGAAAAGUCAUGAGAUCAAGGAGGCACCUAAUGGAGCUGUGCAGGGAGAAUUUGGGAAAGACACGAUAAUUGAAAAACAGGAGGUGGAGAAGCAUGAGAUCAGAGAAGCUCAGGAGACCCAGAGGAUUGGGAUCAAAUGGGAAAAAAAGGAAAUGGACAAGGAAGUGGCUUUGGAAGUCCAAGGGCUAAAUCCCAUAGAGAGAGAUCUAGAAAAGCUACAGGGAGUCCAGGAGCCAGGAGAAGAGGCUGAGAGAGGAGACAAUGUAAUGUCUGAGAUCUGGAUAACUUCAGUCAGGGAGAAAGCUGAGUCCAGGGAAGUUGUAAGGUUAAGGGCAGCAGAAACAAGUCCCAAAAAAGAGGAUGAGGAAGCCUGGAAGGCAGAUAAGGAGAGCGGUACAAAAUGGAACAUGGAAGUGAUUCAAAGGGGCUGGGACACAGAAGAGACUUCCGGGGAAGAUUUGGAGAGCAGGAAAGAGGAGAGGGAGACUGAGGAAAGCCCAUUCCCAAAGCAAGUUCAAAUCCAAAGAACAGAGAGAGAGGAAGAAGCAGCAGAUUUCUGGGUCCUGGGAAAAAAGGAGAUUAUAAAAGUUCUAGAAGAAGAGGUGGAAGUGGAAGGAAGUUCAGGCUCGGAGGGAGAAGCUGGGGAACAUUGUGAGAAUCAGUCAGGGCAAACCAUAGGUCAAGACAUUAAGGAGACUAAUUUAUGGGAGGGAACACUCAAUAAUGUUAGUAGGAGCAAAGAGAGAGAGUCGGUGGAAGCUGAAGAAGUCAUGGGAGGCUGUAAACUAGAACCUGGGAGCUCCCAGAAGGUUGAGCAGACAGAAAGAAUAGCUGAUUCAGAUGAGACCUCAGUAACAAGACCAGACAAAGAAGCAGGGAGAGCCAAGCUAAUGAGAGAGGAAGAGGUAGGAAAAAGCCAAGAGCUGGAAGCAAAGGACAAGGAAAGCCAUGAGACUGAGAGGGUCAGGGAAGAACAGGACUCUGACGAGAUUGGGGCAAACUGGAACAUGGAAGCAGAAACUGGGAGAGCCCAAGAGACAGAGAAAGAGCCUAGCAAAGUUCAGGAUCUAAUGGAGGAAGAACUCAAAGGAAAAGAGGAAGAAGAACCAUUUAGAAUUUCAGAGGAAAAGAUUUUGGAGGGCUGUGAGGUAGAAACCUAUAGUGCCCAGAAUAUUAAGAACACAGAGAAUGGAAAUGUCCAAGAAGUGAAGAAACAUGAUUCCAUGGCAGUAGAAGGCUGGAAGACAAUGGAAGGGGAGUUUGAGAGCUGCCAAGUGAUGGAAAUAAAAGACAAGGGAGGCAGUGAGGAUGAGGAAAAAGUUUUCAUUCCCCAGACUAGAGAAGACAAGGGAAACCAGGAGACUAAGGAAAGCCAAGGGUUCAAAGAGCAAGAAAUCCCAACAGCAGAAGUUAAUACUAGCAGGGAACCAGGGGAACCAGGGACAACAGAACCAGAGAUGGAGGAAAAGGAGCUUGAGGGAGGCCAAGAGGCCCAGGGUGGUAGAGGCCAUAAAGUGGGAGAGUCUGAAGUCCAGGAAAGGGAAGCAACAAAAGCUAACGAAUACUGGGAGGUAGAAGAUGAGGUCAUAGGAAGUCAGCAGGUGAAGGAGACUGAGGAAAGUCAGGAGAGAGAGGGUGAAAGCAGCAGUACACUGGAGAGAGAAGCUGAAGUCUGGCAAGGAAAUACCAGAAGCCCAUGGGAUACUGAGAGAGAAAAUGAAGGAGCAGGGCUGAAUUUAAAGGAGGCUGAUGCUAGAAGAAGCCAGGAGACAGAGCAGAAGGUGAAAAGAGACCAGAAGGAAAGCAAGAGGGACUGGGACUCAGAAGAGGCAAUCAGCCAAGAAAUUAUGGAGGUUAGAGAAAUUCCGAGUUCAAAUUUUUUAGAGGUUGGAGUUAGGGAAGCACUAGAGGAAGAAGAUAAAGGCUUCCGGGAGGUUGAAGGAACUGAAGAAUGCCAUACAGCAGGGAGAAUGACAGAUAGAGACCAAGUUGUAGAAGAAUCAGAGAUCGGGAGAACCUGGGAAAGGGAGGAGAAAGAGUCUGAGGGAGAACAAGAAACAGGUUCAGCAGAAGCCAAAGAAUCCUGGGUAGCUGAGAAAGAGGAGGCAGGAAGCAAGUGUGAGAAAGAGAGCUUUGCCUUUUAUCAGGGAGCAGAGAUACAGAUGGCAAUGACCAACACAGAAGUGAAGCUUGGGAGGGGGGAAGAGUUGGAAGGACAAAUCAAGUCAGAGGAAAAACCUGAAGAGGGCCAGGGAAACAGGGAAACCAAGCAGGGGCUUGAUGGGGACCAGAGGGUGAGUACCUGGGCCCUGGAGGAAGAGACACAGUGUGAGGGAGACACCCAGACAGAGACUGAGGCUUGGGGGAGCCAUGCCGUAGAGGGAGAAACUUCCAUGGACAACCAGUCCACAGAGGAAGUAGAGGCUAAUGGGGGCAGGAGGCUAGAGGCAGUGAUGAUGAUGGCAAGCAGGCAAGGAGAUGAAAAUGGGGAGGAGUUGGAGCCUGCCAAGUGCUGUGACACUGAGAGAUGGAGAGAUGGAGACAAGGACUCAGAAGCUCCUGGGGCCUGGGAAUCCAGUGAAAAACCUGGAAGUGGCCGGGACUUACAGAAAGCAGAGCCCGGUCAAGGCAGAAGAACAAAGGAAGUUGCAGCUAUAGAUUCUGGAGCCUUGGAGGCUUCAGAAAACGGAGGAUCAGAAACCACAGCAUCCACCAACGCAAUAACAAUAAGACUGUCCCCUGAACCCAAUCCUGCUGAAGCCCACAGUAGCUGGAAUGAGGCCCCCAUCCCCAGUCCAUGCCUGGACCUUUCCAUUCCCAGAAGUCGAGUUCUCCUGUCCAGAAAUGCCUCCCAACGCCGAUCACGACCCUCUUUUCGAAGGGCAACAGCACCAAAGCAAGAUGACAGCGAUGAUGGUGAUGAAUCACUGGGCUUUCUUCCCAAUGAAGGGUCCCCAGCUUCAAAACUGAGAUUGCUCCAAUCCGAGGAAACUGCAGUGCCAAGUCCCCCUAAGGCAGAGGGGACCCCAGUGACAGCAAGAAAACCGCCCCUAGGCCAUGGGUUUGGCCUUGCUCACCCCAACAUGAUGCAGGAGUUACAAGCUCGUCUGGGACGGCCCAAGCCACAGUGACCUGAAGUCCAUCAGUCUAAUACCCCUCUCCUUUUUCCCUCUUUCUUUCCCCUUAGUUUGUUCUUGCCACAACCCCAUCUUCAAGUCUGGGAUGAUCUCCCCACCUCAUAGUAACUUCUAUUCCUGUGUUCUAAUCCCUAGAAGGGAAACCCCAGCCCUUGGUAGCUUUUCCUAUUUUACUCAGAUAAUGUGGAAUUAGUGGGGGUGGGGAAAAGGGGAGAAGCAGCAGCUUGAAGGGAGAAUUAAAGAGACUUGCAUUCAUUCAUCUCAUAGGCUUUUUUUUUUUUUUGCUGAGGCAAUUGGGUUAAGUGACUUGGCCAGGGUCACACAGCUAGGAAGUUCAUAGGCUUUUUCUGAAGCCUUUAUUACCACCAUUACUUCCACCCAUUCUUGAAUACAAAUACUAGACCCUUAGAAAGUUAUUAUAGGAUCUGCUCACAGAUCAGAUGUAAUACUGGGGGGAGGGAGGGAAGGAAGGUGGUUUUGACUUUCACUUGUGGUAUCUGCCCAUCAUCCCUGUUACUUUAGGAAGCCUCACUUCCUCUCAGGACAUAGGGUCCAGAGAUGGGCUAUUACCGCCAUACUUUCUAGACAAGAAGUGGAGGGGAGAAGGAAUGUACUAGUAGACCAGGGAUUCUAGAAUCAAUACCAGCCCGGGCUGCCAGGAGAUGAGUUGUUUGGGGUAGCUUCAGAGGACUAGGGAAGAGGGCCAAGGAGGGACACUGAACAUGGCCCCAUCCCCAAGGCAUCUCUGGCCCUGAGAAGCAUUGGGAUACUUGUUAAAAUCCUAGCAAGGCUAGUUGCCACAAAGAGCCACUGCAGCUGGGCCAGGCCCAACAGAAUAGACAAUGGUGAUGAGGGAAUAGCAGAUGAUCAUGGGCACUUUGCCUUUGAAGGCUCUCUGCUUCAAUCUCCUUUUGCUUUUCUCCCUUCUAUUUUUCCAUGACCAGGCAAACCAUUCUAUCUGCUGUAGGGCCUACCCAGAGGACUUAUGUGCUCAGAGAAGAAAAAGAGAAAGAGGGGUUGAAAGUAUUUAUUAUUAGGUUGCCCAAGAAUGACUAUUUGAUCUCACUCUCUGGGUUCCUCAAGGGAGCAAAAGGAAGACUAUCCCCAUUUUUUUCUUUCAAAAAAGAAUAAAUACAAUUAGCACUUUCCUGAAAAAUAAAUAAAUAUCCAAGAAAUAAAUAUCUUGCAUAAA